GGUGCCAGCUAUUUCACAAAAUGUCUAUGGGCCCUUUGGCCGCAGCUUCGAAUUGUCGACGGUGUCCUGUACUAUCAAGACGGCCCAGACUACACGCGGCGAAUCGUGGUUCCUCCAGCAGCCAAGGAUGCUGUACUAAGUCGCCUACACGAGGAACUCGGUCAUGCCGGGGAAAAAAUGUAGGAGGCUUCCCGCCGAAAUUUCUGGUGGGCACACAUGCGGCGCGACAUACGUCUAUCCUGCGAGUCUUACACUUUGUGUAA